AAGCGCAAUCUGGUCUCGCGAGAGUUCUAUUCGAUUACGCAGUUGGAGGAGAAGAAGAGGUAUUUCGGCCUUUUGAAAUCUCGCUGCGCUUUCUGUGCUUUUGUUGUGUGAGGAGACCUAACAGCGGUGAACAUGGCAGAUAUCGACCAACAAGAUUCUCAGGACGCCCUGGAUAACAGCGGUGAGAACAGUGCGACCGAGGAGCAGGACGACAACAGCGCGGGAGAGGAGGCCCCCUCCAAUGGCGUCAAAAAAGAAAAUGAAGAGUCUCCAAAAGAAGAAAAGACAUCACUUAAGGAAAAAUCUACUGGAAACAGGAAGACCAAUAGGUUCCAUCCAUAUGGUAAAGAGAAGCAGUCAAGCUCUGGAGAUAAGAAGGGUCAGAGCCGGAAUAGAGUAUUCAUCAGUAAUAUCCCGUAUGACAUGAAGUGGCAAGCCAUCAAAGAUCUCAUGAGGGAAAAAGUUGGUGAGGUUACAUACGUGGAGCUCUUUAAGGAUGCUGAAGGAAAAUCAAGGGGUUGUGGGGUUGUGGAGUUCAAGGACAUGGAAUUUGUUACAAAAGCCCUUGAUGUAAUGAACAAACAUGAUCUAAACGGAAGACCCCUUAACAUUAAAGCGGAUCCAGAUGGAGACCAUGCUCGAAGGGCUUUGCAGCGUGGAGGUGUGCCUUUCCCUGCAGGGCAUAACUCUGAAAUGGGUCCUGGAUCAAUGAGUCUCCCACCUUCAAUACUAAAUAAUCCUAACAUACCACCCGAUAUCAUCAGUGCUCUAAGAGCAGGACGACUUGGAACAACAGUCUUUGUUGCUAAUCUUGAUUUCAAAGUUGGUUGGAAGAAAUUGAAAGAGGUUUUUAGUAUUGCGGGAAAUGUAAAACGAGCAGACAUUAAGGAGGAUAAAGAUGGAAAAAGUCGUGGAAUGGGAACAGUUACUUUUGAGCAAGCAAUUGAAGCUGUACAAGCAAUUUCUAUGUUUAAUGGACAAUUUUUAUUUGAUAGACCUAUGCAUGUCAAGAUGGAUGACAAAUCCAUCCCUCAUGAUGAUUUCCAUGCAGUAGAAUCUAAAACUCCUCAGCUACCUCGUGGACUCGGUGGAAUUGGAAUGGGCCUUGGGCCAGGUGGCCAGCCGAUCAGUGCAACACAAAUGGGAAUGGGAAACAUUGCACCUGGAGGCAUGGGUAUGGAUGGUCCUGGAUAUGGCGGAAUGAAUAGAAUGGGAGCGAGUGGAUUUGGUGGCAUGGAAGGAAUUAAUAACAUGGCAGGAUUUAGUGGAAUGAACAGAAUGACAGACAUGUAUCGAGGAGGAAUGGGAGGCAGCUUGGACAGAGACUUUGGUCGCGGUGAUAUCGGCUUAAGUCGUGGAUUUGGUGAUUCAUUUGGAGGAAUGAGUGGUGCUAUGGUUGGAGGUUUUGGUGGAAUGGGUUCUUCAUCAAUGGGCCCCCUAGGAUCUGGAAUGAGCAGUGGUAUGAGUGCUGUAAAUAGCAUGAGUAUGGGUCUUGGGAUGGACCGGAUUAACACCAACUUUGACCGAAUUGGAGGUGGCUUGGACAGAAAUAUGGAUAUGGACAGAGGUUUUGGAGGCUUUGGUCCUGCCCAGAUGGGAAGUGGCUUGCGGGACCGGGGAAACAAAGGAUGCCAAAUAUUUGUCAGAAAUCUCCCAUUUGACCUUACCUGGCAAAAACUGAAAGAAAAGUUUAAUCAGUGUGGGCGUGUAGUUUUUGCAGAAAUAAAAAUGGAAAAUGGUAAAUCUAAAGGCUGUGGUACCGUACGGUUUGACUUGCCAGAAACAGCAGAGAAGGCAUGCAGAUUAAUGAACGGCAUAAAGAUAAACGGCAGAGAAAUUGAUGUCCGCUUAGAUCGCAAUGCAUAAUUACCUGUUUUGUCUGACAACAUUCCCAUAUUUGUUUAGUUUUUGGUAAAUUUUUAGUAACUGAGUUGGAUCUACAAAGGCUAUUUUUUAGUCUUAAGACUUUAUUAGUGUGGUGUUUAUGUAUUUUUUUUUUUCUUUGAAACACCAUGUCUUAGUCAUUCAGUUUAAAUGAAUGGACACAGUUUUUAAAUAAAACCAUUUUCUGUCA